UCUGUCUGUGCUGGAUCUGCUACACUGUUACUUAAAUAUCAAUCAGAUGGUGAAGAGGAAGGUCCGCAAAGCAGCAGCCACCUCCAAGCAGACAGGAGGCGGUAAUGUGCAAGAAUCAGACCUGCAUCUUUAUCAAGAGGAGUACCUGCAGUUCCUGGGACGAGACACUUUUCUUAGGAAUGAAGGGACAAAUGAUACUGAUGCACCUGAUGUGCAAGCAACUCAACCCCAAGAAGGCAAAAUGGAGUCCACUGGAUCUGCAGGAGAUUUAAUUUCUCCUGAAUGUAGGAUAGCAGAUCAACCUCCUGUUACCCUGGAGAUGCGUCUCGCCUCUCUCAACUCUCACCACCGGCAUCUCGUCGGUUCUUCACCAUGUCCGACUGGAGGGUUUUCCCACCAACAACCAGCCACUGAUGUAGAGGAAAAGGGAUCCACUGCUGAGGGCUCUGAUGGUACACUGCCAUUGGAGGAAGCAGAGAAGGGUAUCAUCACACUCCCAGAAAUGGAUCCUGGUUCUAUGGAGGUGCAAAUGACACCAGCGGCUGUUGACACACCACUUGUUACUACACACAUGGUAAUGCUGUGUGAGGCUCUUAAGGCUCGCCAAGCAGUACUGGAGAAGGCCAUACAGCAGGAUAGGAAGAGAAAGAUUGAACUGUUAGGGAAUGUACUUACAGAGGUACGCUCCAUGUCUAAUGUUUUAAGUGAGGGUGUUAGGCAAUUCUCAGCAUCAAUAGUCUCCUUGGAAAGACAUGGGCGGCGCUUCAUGGAGAUGAGGGAAGAAAAGUACAUUUUAAUGCGUGCCCAAGCUGCCCACAAUUUGGGCAUAACCAUUGAUGUUGUGGAUGACAUAAUUCGAAAACGACGUGCUCAGGGUUUUCAAAGAAGGGAUGAUGAUAAAUAGAAUGUCCUCUGAUAUUUAUUCCUCCUAAUCGUCCACAAUGUGAACAUUACUGACACUGUUCAUAGGUUGUUAUAUUCUCUUAUGUUUGUUCUGGUUUUCAUUAUUCUUCCCCCAACAUAUAAUUCUGCAUUCUCCUCUUAAUUACCUGCCUCUGUUUGUUUGCUU